AUGUCUUCAUCAGCUUCUCUAGUCUCUAACGCCGCCGUCGCCUACUCCAUUCUGAGCUCUCUCCGCCUCAGAAGAACUGUUCAGUCAGUUGUUGCAGGACUCUAUGUUCACGGGUUCAUUCCCGCUAAUCGAGCCAACCACUACCAGCCAUCUUUGAAAACCGGUUCUAUUGUAAGAUUGGGCAGGCUUGAAAUUGCACGGUUCGCUCACAUGCACAAGAUCACAGAACAUCAGUUCAUCAUCCGUUUCAUUCCUUCAACGCAUAUUGUUUUCCAGAUUAAGUUGCUUACAACAUCAAUCUUACUGACAUGA